UUUUCUCCGUCAAGAGAUCUGCUGGACGAAGGAGGCGGGUUCACAUGUAUCUCUGAUGCAGGGGGAGAGGACUAGAGGCCAGUAAAAAAAAAAAAAACCAAACAAACCCGAGACUUUGGUGGACUCUGGACUCUUGGGAAGUUUUCCUCCCAGAAAAGCUGACCUUGCAUCUUUGGAGCUUCUAAAGCGAUCGUCGAAGAGCUCGAUCUCUCUGCGCUUGUGAGCCGCAUCCUUCCCGGUUGUAGCCGAAUUGAUCCCGAGAAAUGCAGGCUUUGGCGCUCUGGCUGACCAUCGGCGCUCUGCAGCUGUUGACAGCUGUCCAGGGGGGACCCCAACAACAACGCUUUGUCGCGCCGGACAUUACCUGGUCCCUGAGCAAGGUACAAAACUUUGCAUGGGAAAACUGUGGCCCUCCAUCAGAACCUGCAAUAAUCAAGAGUCUCUCUGUCAGUCCUGAUCCAAUUGCUGUCCCUGGAGAUGUGACAGUUACUGCAUCGGGGGCCAGCACUAUACUCCUCUGUGCUCCUCUAAAGGCAAUUGUCAUACUGGAGAAGAAGCUUGGAGAUAUAUGGAUCAAAGUCCCUUGUGUGGAUGAUAUUGGGAGCUGUACCUAUGAUGAUACUUGCGCCAUGCUGGACAGUCUCUUCCCUCCAGGCCAGCCAUGUCCACAGCCAUUGCAAACUUACGGCCUUCCAUGUCACUGCCCGUUCAAAGCGGGUACCUACAACCUUCCUUCCUCUGAAUUCUUCAUACCCAACAUGGAUUUGCCUUCUUUCCUCACCAAUGGAGACUAUAGGAUGAGAGUUGUGUUGAGCAACGGGGACCAAGAGAUGUCCUGCACCAAGCUCUCCUUCUCCUUGCAGGCAGAGAACCGGUGGUUGCACUGAGUCUCAGCAUCAAGUGCCAUGUUUCUUCCAGCUUUUUCUAUUCUGUUAUGACUAACAUGAAGAGUUAUUUUGCAGCGUUUAAAGAGGAAGGGUUAUAGUUACUGCUUUUGUGACUGCUGUUAAUUACUGGGAGCGCAGACUGGAGAAUCCAUGGAAAGAAUGCUUCUUAUUAGAAAAAGAUGCCUGCCCGUCUAAAACUUAUUAAGGACCAGAUUGUACAAAUUAUAGCAAGGGGAAUCUGCAUACAUUAAGCAUAUGUUUAGCUGGCAGACACGCUGCCAAAUGCAAUGGGCCCAGCAUUGCAACACUCUAUUAGAGGAUUCGCUUAUUAGAUUUCCCUACAUUCCAGAGUCUUAAAUGGUAGAUAAAGGCCUCUUCAAGGCUGGAUGUAGUAGAAGUGCACUGAUAACAGGGUAAUCUGAACCAGGUGUCCAAAAAAAAAAAAAAAAAAACCCCACCAGGAGAAAUUACAUUUUCUACUUUGUGGAAGCUCCUUCAGUCUAGCCGGAUUUGGUUACCCCUCUGACACUUUACAGAACCUAUAUGGAGUGGCUCAUUCAGUAUACCAGAAAUAUUUUUUUAGGAAUGGACAGUUUCUAAAUAAUGCCUUGUGCAAUUCAACCAGCCUUUUUCAUCCUGAGAUGAGCUUUGUGAAUGUGGGAGCUAAAAAACAUACUGAGAAAAUCAGGAUUGUUCCCAUUUGUUCCUUUUUUUUUUUUGGCAAUACAUUCCAUUUACACCCUCUUAUUUUAAGUGGUACAUUUUGUUAUCUGGUAUUAUCUACUGCAUAAAAAUGUGUAUCCUUGUCCUUUGUUCUUAAGCUUAAUGUUUUCUUGGGGAGGUGAGUCACAGCAACCAUGAAAAGUAGCUUUAAAAAAAAGUGAGCAAUUUCCAUUUAUAUAAGAACGCACUAACUUUUCUUUUAAAAAACCUAACUGUUUGCAGAGGUAUUUCUGGGCAAAGCAGCACAGAUCCUUCUAAAUGAGCAUUUUUCUCCUUGUUUGAAGACCGGUUUUCUUGUUCCUGAGGAACCAACUAGUUCCACUUACAAACAAGUGUCUUAGAACCCAACUAUCUAUUAUUUUCUAACAUAUCGUACAUCCUAUGCAUUAAGCAAAACCGAUUGUCCAAUUGGAAAAUAAAUGAAUGACCCAGGAGAUAAUCAAAUAACUCAAGACAUCAAUCAAAUAUGGUAUUGUGCCAUAAUUUGAAUGUCACGUGUAUAUUUCCUGUUACAGAAGGUUCAGUGUCCAAACAAUGAUUGCCAAGUGAUUCUCUGAUGCAACGAAAGCGUAUUAUUGCCGUCUCAGCAAAAUAUGUUAAAAUUAGAAACAUUUUCUGAUCACAGCCCUUGAGAAGUAUUAACAAUGAGCCGUCAUGAGCCUCUUUAUUAAUGGAAGGAAGCAUUGGCAUGCUGUUCUUUUGAGCCUUUGUCCUGCUUUGUUACACGAUUUGCUUCUUUUGCACUAGGCUUGCUGUAGUUCUUAUAGCCAACCUGACUCACCAUGGAGUGACGAGAGAUUCAACUUAUCACCAGCUUGUUAGAACCCAAAACUCUUUUGGACUGAGAAGGAAUGAUUUGAUCGAGGUUCCCUACUUGUUUUUCACAUUUAAGGGAGAACUAGAACUUGGUUUCCCAUUUCUACCCUAGACCUUAUAAGCCCUCAGAUGGUCUUCUAGAUAUUUUGGACUACUAAAAAGUAAGCUCUCUAGAGCUGGACUUGAUUCCUGGUAGUUGCCUAGAGGUUUCUAUGUAAUUGAUUCCAGCAAUAAUAGAAAAGUAUAGUGUAUCCUUGCAACUUUCUGGGAUUCUGUUUUACUUCCCAGUCUAACCUAUAGUUCUGGGGGUUCCUUGGACAUCUACCACCCCAAGUAUAUUAGAUCUGAUGCAGCUUAACUUUUUGCACUUAGCUAGAGCCAAUUAGGUACAAUCCCUGCCUCCUGACCAUGUUUAAUACAUGUUUAAUAGUGCUUAAGGUGCAUUCAUGCAAACAAUCCAGAAAAAGAAUCUUUGCCCUUAUACAGAGUUCUCCAAGCUUGGCAACUUUAAGACUUGUGGGAGUUGAAGCCCAUAAGUCUUAAAGUUGCCAUGUUUGGGGACCCCUGGCCUUAUAGCUCUAGCUUAAGAAUUAGGAUUGACAGCAAUUAUUGAUAUAAAAAUUACAGAAUCUUUCUUCCAAUUGUAAGAAUAACUUUGGAUGUAUUCUGUUGAUUUUUUUUUACCACUUUGUCCUCUGAGCAGUAAGACGCUUAGCUUCUAUACCUGUAUUUCUGUGCAGAAAUGUAUUUUUGAUGCUAUUGCUUUUAAUAAUGUUAACAGAAAUCUGCGUCUCAAGUAUUAGGUUUCAUUGAUUUUUUUGGUGUUGCUUGUAAUUUGAUGGCAUUCCAUAGAGAUUAAAAGGUUAGGCUAAAAUGUCAUCUUAUUCCACUAAAAUUGUUUUAUGUUCUAUCCUCUGACUUCCUAAAUCUUGGUUCUUCCACCUACUCAAUAUGCUUUUUGAUUGUAUCUCCACUAUGUACAAUAUGUUCCAUUUUUACCUGAAUUCUAAUAAAAGUUGCGUCGUUUGAUAUGAA